ACAAUACCCUUUUCAAGAGGUCUAUGCCGCCAAACGUGUCACCUCAGACCCAUACUUCUAUUAAAAUAACUAAACCAUAAGUCUUCUAACAAAAUAACUAAUGCUAACAGGUCUGUCUGAGAGAAUCGUCGGUGGAAAACACACGGAUAUCAAUGAAUUUCCUUGGUUGGCGCUUCUGAUAUACAGUUCAGGUACGACAGGAAACAAACAGAGUGCAAAUUGCGGUGGCGUCCUCAUCAGUCAUCGUUACAUCCUAACGGCAGCUCAUUGCCUGAAGGGCACAAUUAUACCAGUCGGGUGGAAAUUGGCGAAAGUCCGGUUAGGCGAGUACGACACUAGAACCAAUCCUGACUGCAUCAAGGAUAAAGCGAAUAGCAAGGUUUGCGCUGAUGAUGCUAUCACUGCCGGCAUCGAGAAACAAAUCGUUCACGAAAAGUACACGAACGAUGAUGAAAAAUACGAUAUUGCUCUUCUAAGGUUGGACCGUGACAUUCCGUUCACGAAUUACAUUAAACCGAUAUGCUUGCCAUCCAACGACGCUAUCGGUAAUAAACUGUUUGUUGCUGGUUGGGGAGAAACCGAGAAUGGAUCUCGCUCGAAUAUCAAGUUGAAAGUUUCUGUGCCGCUCGUCAACAAGCAACAAUGCGAGCGGAAAUACAGUAGAGCAGAAGUGACGCUAGGAUUCGGACAGAUUUGUGCCGGUGGUGUGGAAGGGGAAGAUUCCUGCUCAGGAGAUUCUGGAGGUCCUUUGAUGAGCGAGGAAAAAGGAAGUGAUGGUAUCGGUCGAUGGACCGCCGUCGGUGUUGUCUCCUUCGGACCAUCACCUUGUGGCUUCCCAGAUUGGCCCGCUGUUUACACCAGAGUAAUUGACUUUAUUCCAUGGAUACUCAGUAAAUUGGAACCUUAAUACUUUGACACUCUGAUAAACAUUACUUUCGAACAUCAUAAAAUAACAAUUUCAUGUUAUAAGACAACAGCUUAAUAAAGAAAGAACAGUCGAUCAUGAUUGAAAAAAUGUAUAAAUUUUAAUAUAUCCUUGAACCCGUUCUAUCGUAAUCGUGUCAAUAAAUACAAAUUGCAUUGUG